GCAUUUUUACCAAUCCUUAUUUUAUUGUUAAUCCAACUUAGAACCAAGAUGGCGGACAAGAAACCCGACUCAGGAAGUGAUUCUGAAAGUGCAGAUGAACCAGUGGUCGGCAAUGUGAACAAGUUUGCAGUUGUACCACCAGGUUACUCAGGAAGACCUAAAAAGGGACACCUCAUUUUUGAUGCAUGUUUUGAAAGUGGCAACCUUGGAAGAGUGGACUUCAUCACAGAUUAUGAAUAUGAUCUGUUCAUCAGGCCAGACACCUGUAACCCCAGGUUCAGGGUCUGGUUUAAUUUCACAGUUGAAAAUGUGAAGGCAGACCAGAGAGUUAUUUUCAACAUAGUCAACUUUAGUAAGACUAAGUCACUGUACAGGGAAGGUAUGACUCCACUGGUUAAAUCUACAAGUAGGCCAAAGUGGGUGCGGAUACCAACAAAGCAUGUGUACUACUACCGCUGUCCAGACCACAGGAAAAACUAUGUCAUGUCCUUUGCUUUCUGCUUUGACAAAGAGACUGAUGUUUACCAGUUUUCUUACUGUUAUCCAUAUUCUUACACAAGACUACAAAAUUAUUUAGACAAUAUUGAAAAAAGAAACUUAGAUUUUGUUCAGAGGGAACUAGUGGCUUUAAGUGUGCAACAAAGAAGACUUGAUCUAUUGGUGAUCACAAACCCAGAAAAUUUGGAGCCAGAGGAGAAACAGAAGGUUGUGUUCCUGACAGCAAGAGUUCACCCUGGAGAGACUCCCGCAUCUUAUGUAUGUCAAGGCAUCAUUGAUUUUUUAAUAAGCUCACAUCCUAUAGCAAAGAUUCUUAGAGAUCAUCUGGUCUUCAAAAUUGUACCCAUGUUAAAUCCUGAUGGGGUUUAUCUUGGAAAUUACAGGUGUUCUCUGAUGGGGUUUGAUCUAAACAGGCACUGGAUGGAGCCAUCCCCCUGGGCACACCCCACACUGUAUGCCACCAAGAACCUGCUGUUAGAGAUGGACAGGAAUGAGAAUGUGGAGGUUGAUUUCUACAUUGAUAUCCAUGCACAUUCCACUUUGAUGAAUGGGUUCAUGUAUGGCAACGUGUAUGAUGAUUCGGGAAAAUUUGAAAAACAUGCAAUAUUCCCAAAAUUGCUAGACCAAAAUGCCGAAGAUUUCUCAUUGAACAACACUAAUUUCAAUAGAGACAGUGUCAAAGCAGGGACAGGUCGAAGGACCCUGGGUGGCUGUCUAGAUGAGUCCCAUUGCUACACAUUGGAAGUGUCCUUCUUCAGCUACCUGACUAAUGGGGCCAGUACAGCAUUGCCUUACACUGAGGAGGCUUAUAUGAAACUUGGGCGUAAUCUUGCCCGGACAUUCCUAGAUUACUAUAAACUGACUGGUUUUAUCAGUGCCAAGCCCAGCAGUAGUAUAGUGCCCAAACCUGGCCGCCAUAGUGCCAAGGACAGAAACAAGGCAGAGAGAGCAGCCUCAGAACCCUUGAGGUACUCACAAGAAGAAAGUUAUGAGCAACAGGAGAGGGGUGCUUAUUACACAGCCAGUAAAGGGACCAGCAAUGAGUACGAAUCCCCAGCUUCACAACGCCACAGUAGACACAACUGACUGUACAAGUUAAUGCAAGCUGGUAUAUUUAAAGACAUUGCUGCCUCUGCCUGGAAGGAACAUUCCCUCUUUCUUGGAAUCUGUCUGCAAUACAGUGAGGUCAUGGACCUAAUGCAAACUGAGUGUUCACCAAUUGGAAAAAGAUCCCUUUUCAUUGGCUGAAACAAAAGAUCAGACAGUCAGCUAUAAUUAACUUAAGAGCAAUUAUCUCAGGGUCAGGUACCUCUGCUGUGGAUUUUUUUCCCCUUAAAUAAUGAGCCAUUUAUCAAAUUUUCAUCAAGAAGUUGCUAUUCUCAGCAAAGAAGACAAAAUAGAUAACUGAAACAUAGGUCUCUGUGUACAACCUUCACAUUUCAAGUACCAAGCUAAAACAAAUAUUUCAUCAAAAAAAAUCUUGACUCUUAACAACAGCAUCAAGGUGCAGGAUGAAGAGAAAGUCGUCUACCUUUGAAAUGGCAGGUGCAGUGUCAUAUACCUAUAUGACUCUUUUGGCACCUGUCACUGGCAACAUAAUAAUAAACCAUAUUGUAAACAGCAGUAAUUAAAUUUUUUUUUUCUUAAAUUGAUGCCUUACAAUGUUAAGAGACACCAAGUUCAUCUUUGUCUCUGUAACGGCCAUUGCCCCAUUUUUGCAAUCUGAUAAUGUGUAAUGGGUAUAUUACGGAUAUCAGUAAUUUGUAACUUGGCACUCAGCCACGUCUUGUAUGCUAAGAUGAUAUACAUGUAUUGCGUGAUAAACCAACUGUAUGCAGACACCUUAUCUGGUACUGGGGGAAAUGACCCAUGGGUAGAAGGGACUUAUUAAGGCAUGCAACAUUAAAUUAGCUUUAAGUUUGAUAGAAGUUCCAUUUUCCGCCGAAAAAAAAUCUUGUGCAGUCUUCUAAAAUAGGCAGCAUUAAGAGUUAAAAUUAAAACAUUCCUGUCUGGGCUAGCUGUUACAUUGUUACUGCACAUUACCCAGGAUUGAGCUGUCACAGCUGCGAACAUUCCAGUUCAAUUUGCCAUAGUGAGAAAACAAAUGCAAAAGGUGGAUUCACAGGACCUUAGCUAUAUGAAGCCGUCUCCUUGCCGAUACUAAAGCAGAGUGAAGUUGAAGGAGGUGUUUGUGUGUUAAAGAUUGGUCAUAUAGCAUGAAGAAAGUUUGACAUGCGCCCUGUGGUUUAACUUGGGUAGCGUUACAUUCAGUUUGAUGAGAAAUUUGGUAACGGUGACACAAAUAUCCAAGAUUAAGUGUCACAUGUGCAGGAGAGCCAUGUCACACUGGUAAAUGUAAAUGAAGAGUUGCAUUUUAGCAGAAACAAAAAAAAAAAAAAAAAAACAUUCCAAAAUAAAUUGGUAAAUACAUUAAGCAAGCAGGUAACUAGACGUUUCUAUAUGGUCACUGG